GACGACCCCCCCCCCCCCAGCCCCUCCGGCCCGGCCCGGCCCGGCCCGGCCCGGCCCGGCCGGCGCAUGGCGACCCGCUGGUUCCGAGAGCUGCCGCAGCACCUGAAGACGGUGUCGGAGCGGGCCCGUCCUGGGGGGGGCGGAGGGGCCGGGGCCGCCGCCGCCGCCGCCGCCGCCGCCGGGGGGGGGAAACUGAGGAAGAACUCCGAACCGGCCGGGGGCGCGGGGAUCCGAGACGGACGGCGUCGGAAGAACUCGAGGGCCGCCCCCGAAGAGGACCCCCAGCCCCCCGCCGCCCCCAGCUCGGGCUGCGGCUCCUACAUCAAUCGGCUCAUUAAGCUGGACGCCCCCGAGAGGAACGGGAGGGGGCCCGGACAGCCUUCCUCCUCGCCCCCCUCCUCCUCCUCCUCCUCCCCUUCGUCGUCGUCGUCGUCCUCCUCUUCCUCCACCUCCACCGCCCCCUCCCUGGGAUCCGAGCCGGACAAGGCCGUCAGAGCCCAGGACACGGUGUCCAUCGUGGAAGACUACGCCGAUCCGUACGACGCCCAGCGCACCAGGAGCCAGAGGGACGCCGACAGAGAAGGCGAGAACGACGGGUACAUGGAGCCCUACGACGCCCAGCAGCUCAUUACAGAAAUCCGGCGGAGAGGAUCCAAGGACCCGCUGGUCAAGGUGGCCCAGCUGCUAGAAGGCCCCUGCGAGGCGGGGGACGGAGGGGGCGGGCGCCCCGAGCCCGGCCCCAAGCGGCGAGGGUCCCGGGACGUGCUGGGGAAGACCCCCCAGCUGUACGACACCCCCUACGAACCGGCCGGGGGCUGCGGGGGCCCGGGGGGUCCGGAGGCCCCGGGGGUCGCGGGGCUGGAGCGAAGGCCUCGCCUGCCGGAGAACGACGAGCGUCCAGCCGCCGAGUACGAGCAGCCCUGGGAGUGGAAGAAGGAGCAGAUCGUGAAAGCCCUGUCCGCUCAGUUCGAGGGCCCCGAGAGGCCGGGGGUCAAGGAGGAGGGCAACACGCAGCAACACCACCGGCAGAAGAGCUGGACCCAGAAGAUCCUCAAGACCGGCGGCCCCACCGACCACGGCGAGGGAGGGAGAGUGGACCCGGCCGUCUCGCUGGAGAAGCAACCGUGGUACCACGGCUCGAUCUCCCGGGCGGAGGCUGAGAGCCGGCUCCAGCCGGGCAAGGAGGCCGGUUACCUGGUGAGGAACAGCGAGUCCGGCAACAGCAAGUUUUCCAUUGCGCUCAAGACGCCUCAGGGCUGCGCGCACAUCAUCGUGGCCCAGACGAAAGAUGGCAAAUACACGUUGGACCAGACCAGCGCCGUGUUCGGAAGCAUCCCGGAGGUGGUGCACUAUUACUCCAACGAGAAGCUGCCCUUCAAGGAGGCGGGGCACCUGACCCUGCUCUACCCGGUGCCCUGCAAGACCCACUAGCCCCCGGCCGGCCCCCUCCCCAAGCGGCGCCCGAGCGGCCCUCCGGGUGGCGAGGCCCGGGGAGGGAAGGCCAUCCCGCGCCCCUCCCUCGCUCCUCCCGUCGCAAGGGCCCAGCCCGGGGGCUCCCCGGGGCCUCCCCCGGGAUCUCAUGGGCCUCCCUCGGGGUACCGUGGGAACCCAUCCGGCGCCUUUCCCACGGUGCGGAGGCGGCAAGUCGGGCCGCGCGUGCGCCGGCCCUGGGGGGUCGCUCUGAGCCCCAUUUGGGGGUGGGGGCGGGGUGUCCCACCCCCAGCCGCGGUCAUUCUGGGCCGGGGAGGACUUUGGAGAAAACCCCUUCCCCACCCCUUCUCGGGUGGAACUCGCCGAGGGGAGGGGGUCUCCUCGCCCCUUGGCACGUGGCGGACUCUAGCGAGAGGAUGGGCGGAGGGGUCCUGGCGGGGUGGGGGCCACCGAGCCACCCCCGCCUCGUUUUCCACCUCUUCCUGCACUUAACGCUCCCUGCACUUAACAGGAGCCGGUCGGCGGGAUUCCGCUCCCCCUCCUCCCAGCCCCCUCCCCGCUUUCCGCCAGCCGGGACCCCCUCAGAGCGCCCCGAUUCUCCCGCCGCUCCGGACCCCGAAUUUCCAGCUCUCUGCUCUCCUCCACCCCUCCGGGCCUCGCCCUCCCUCCUAGGGGGGUGGUCUCCCCUCCUCGGUGGCUGCUUUUACCCCACGGCCUCGUCAACGCCUCCCCCCCGGCUCUCGCCGAAAGCCAGGGUGCCCAGGAACGCGCUGGCGUCUGGAGCCCGCGCCGUCUGGUCCAUCCUUGGCCUCCUUCCCCUCCCGGCCCCCGUUUUAGUUUAGCCCCCCAGUCACAGGGGCAACCCCCGCUCUGUCGCCGCUUCUAACCGCUCGGGCCUCUCCCCCGCGGGAGAUCGCAGUCACUUCGAAAGCCGGGGGGGGGGGGUUAAUGUCCCCCCCGUUCCUUUCCCCCGACCCCCGAGCCCCCAAACCCGCACACGUUUUUAAAGAAUGUAUCCUGACCCGCGGCCGCUCUCUUCCUGUUCAAAGUAUUUAUGUUCUAUCACAGAGAAAUGGUUUAUAAAAGUUUCUGGCUGGACCGAGGCCCCACCUCCUCCUCCUCCUCGACGCCCGUAACCCCCAAAUGUAACUUAAAUAAAAAUCGACACCAGA